CGAGGGACUAGUGCAGUGCGGUGUUGUGUGACUCUUCUAACAUUGUCCGUCUCGCUCACACAGGUAGAAGAUUAAAAUGGCAUUUCGUAAAGACUGGCACUUUUCUGGCACACAUCACUGAAGCCGAGGCAGACAAAUUACUGACAAGGAAUGAACGUGUGACCAUUUACAGUGACAAAUAUAUGAACACAAGAAAGACCUCAUAUGAAAUUAGAAAAAUGGAUGCUUGUCGUCAGUUUCUUUAAUAGAUUGAAAAAUACAACUAUUACAACAUAAUGAUGGCGCAUAAAUGAUAAGAAAAAUCAAUUAAACUAACACAGGGCGUAGUCAUGGAGGGUUUGGAUGUGGUGGAGUUUCUCUCACUGACCACGGAAGCAGCUGUCAACCUCAACUUCUCUCUGGAAGACUGGAACCUCACCUCGACCACUGCGUCCUCUAACAGAACCCUGCAUUACAUAAACGUUACGUCUGAGCUCCCUAUAGAAUAUGCUCAGCCCAUGUAUGGCUAUGUGAUGCCGUUUCUGCUGCUGAUCACCAUUGUCGCCAACACGCUGAUAGUAGUAGUGCUGAGUAAGAGGCACAUGCGCACCCCCACCAACGCCGUGCUGAUGGCGAUGGCUCUGUCGGACAUGUUCACCCUACUCUUCCCCGCCCCAUGGCUCUUCUACAUGUACACGUUUGGUAACCACUACAAACCCCUCACCCCUGUUGGUGCCUGCUACGCCUGGGCGUUCAUGAACGAAGUCAUUCCGGCAUUGUUUCACACUGCUUCCAUCUGGCUUACGUUGGCCCUUGCUGUACAAAGGUACAUCUACGUGUGCCAUGCUCCCGUAGCCAGGACGUGGUGCACGAUGCCUCGAGUUCUCAAAUGUGUCGCUUGGAUCGCUGUGCUGGCAACUCUACAUCAAUUCCCCCGGUUCAUUGACAGGGUGUAUGAACCCCUCACCAUCUCUUGGAGAGGCCAGGAUGCUGUGACAGUUUGUAGGGAGCGUUUCGCCUACUGGGUGGAACACUGGCUGUCCCUGGACGUCUACUUCACCGUAUACUUCGGGUUCCGGGUGAUCUUCGUACACAUGGUCCCCUGCAUCUGUCUGGUGGUGCUGAACGUGCUGUUGUUCCGAGCGCUGCGAGACGCCCAGCUCAAGCGGGACAAGUUGCUCAAGGAGAACCGUAAGAGCGAAUGUAAGCGUCUGCGAGACUCCAACUGUACCACUCUCAUGCUCAUCGUCGUAGUCACUGUCUUCUUGUGCACCGAGAUACCGUUGGCUGUUGUCACGGUGCUUCACGUGAUAUCCAGCAGCAUCAAGGAGUUCUUGGACUACCACCUGGCUAAUGUCCUGGUCCUGUUUACCAACUUCUUCAUCAUCGUCAGUUACCCGAUCAACUUCGCCAUCUACUGCGGCAUGAGCCGUCAGUUCCGAGAGACGUUCAAGGAGUUGUUCAUUCGAGGAGCUGUUCAGGUGACACGACGCAACGGUGGUGGCAGUUCCAGGUAUUCCCUAGUCAACGGUCCCCGUACGUGUACCAACGAGACUGUUUUGUAGUUAGGCAACCGCCAUGGCGCCCGCCCAGGCAGCAGUAGUGAGAAAAGCUCCAGCACUGUGUAACCGUUACAUAUCGAGGUGCAACUGUGACUUUGUGAGAUAUUAGUGACAAUAUGGAAAUUCCCCGUGAAGUGAUAUUAGUGAAAACUCUUAAUGAAGCAUUUUAUUAUUUUUUAUACUUGUCUCUUAAAACGUGUUUAGUGUUAUAGUUUGUUUUGGAACGUGUUUAAUAAUUUUGGAAUUGUUAAGUGUUUAUGACAAUAUUUCUUAAACAUAGUAUAUCCAAGGAUACUGUAGUAUGUUUCUUCCAAGAUUCAACCAAUAACAUUUGUGUAUUUCAUUACCAGAAAAUAGUCCAGUUUUAUUUGUUUCUAGUUUUAUAACCAUGUAGUUUUGGUUUAGUAAAAUUUAUUAACAUCUUUAAACGUAAUUAUAUGAAUUUAAUUAUACUGUUAAACUUAUUGUCUUACAACUUGGUUUGACUUAUGCAUUUAAUGUCACUUUGAUAAUAUUAUUCUGUAGUUUGUAAAGUUUCAAGCUUUAUUUGCUUCAACUGAUGGAACAAAGGUUACUAGAACACAAAUAUCUCCUACUUUCCCAAAUAAAUAUACCUAGUGCUUGAACACUUAAUUUCGGUGUAAAUAUUGACUUUUGUACAUAGGAGCGGUACUCUUAGGUAUUGAAAGACUGUUAAAUUUCAAAUACCUCAGCUAAUAUGUAACGAAAUGAUAUUAAAAGACAAACUACUAGAUGUAAUGUGUCUGUUCUACUUGGUUGCUCUUGUUUAGCGUCACCUAACCUUCAACCCACCAUGCUUGGUCCCAGUGAUGGGUUGGGUGGGUUGUAUCUGAGCCCCGUAGACAACCCCCCCUCGCCAUCGCAACCCCCCCCCCACCAAACCAUCGCACCCUCCAACCUUCCAAAGCACCAUUCCUCAACCAAUCGCACCAUAUCCUCGUCCUUCAACGCUCUGUAUAGUCAUGCUCGCUACGCUUCUGAUGUUUAUAUUUUAAUAUGAGUGUUUAUAUUGUUGGAAAUGUAAUAAGUCUAGGCGUUUGUUGUAAAUUGUUCUAUCGUAACGUUAUUUUAGCCAUUACUCUUUA